AUGUCUCGAUCUCGUCACGCAAGGCCUUCCAGGUUAGUCAGGAAGGAAGACAUAAACAAAAAGAAAAACAUCCAACUGAAGAAGACCCACAAGCCAGCAGCCAACAAAAAUGUGACAUCAGUCAAGCCUGUGAGCCCUGGAAAGUUAAAACAAUUAAUUCAAGAAAGAGAUGGUAAGAAAAAAACAGAACCCAAACCUCUUGUGCCAGCCAGAAGCCUUCUGACCCGAGCUGGAGCAGCCCGUCUGAAUCUGGAUCGCAAUGAGGUUCUGUUACAGAACCCAGAGUCCCUAACUUGCAAUGGCUUUACAAUGGCUCUCCGCAGCACCUCUCUUAGCAGGCGGCUCUCCCAGCCUCCAGUGGUCACUGCCAAACCCAAGAAAAUUGCGUCUUCCAAGAAUUCAGAAAAGCAACGCGAGUGUAAUAAAGUGCUCUCCAACCCCGGAGUAAAGCAUUCAGAAAAUGACCCAGUCCCAAAUUCAGACCCUCCAGUGCCUCUUGAUACAGAAAAUCUAAUCAGUGUACAAAACACACCUUUAGUUAAAGGUGAGAGUCCAGAGACAACCCAGCCUUGGUCUCAAAAGGUAGAGGAGUCCAAAAUCAGUGUCCCCACCUCCAGUACCCUAGCAGCUGAGAUUCUGCCUGAGCCUCUGGAAAGGCCACACUGUGGUGAAGAACUCUUCUCUGAACAGAUACCAAAUGACACCAGCGAGUCCCAGAGCUUUGCUUGGGACACUCUGAGUACCUCUUUGUCCCAAAGAGUAGCCACCGAAGUUACCUCCCACAGAAACCCUCACGUUCAGUUGGAAGACUUGGGUUCACGAGUACAAUCUCUGAAGUUGUUUGAUUCUAGCCCAGAUCCUGACCCACGUGAACAGGAGAGCUGCCCAUCCUCUGUCUUUCAUCAGGGUGUACCCGAACUGGACCUCAGGAACUACCUGUCUGUCUAUCCCUCAGCCCUGAUAAAGUUCCUCUUAGCAGGCUCCGAGCCACAAACCCUUGGUGCUCAACCCCACAACCAAGAGGCCCUCCAAGCUACCCCAGCUCCAGAGGGAGCUGCUGAUUCUGCCUCCAUCCCAGGACCAGCCUUUCAGGCUGUUCCUCAUCAGUGGGAAAUUCCGGGUGCUAACCCAGUUCCGGGGGAGGCCCCAGCCCCACUGGAAAUUCCUGGUGCUACUUCAGUCCAAAGAGAGGUCUUUGGUCCUAUCCUCAACCAACACGAAGUCCUGGGUUUGGUCUCAGGUGCGGGUGCUGCCCCAGACCUGGGUGCCUUCCUUCCCCUGCUCCCAAAUGCAAUUCCUGCCUAUAGUGCUCUCCCACAGUGGCCUGUGUCCGAGGGUGCUGUAACCUACAGGCCUGCAGUACCAAGUGCUGGGCCAGUCCUGCCCUUGGGCCCAGGACACGCUCCUCAGCCUCCAUCAGGCCCUGAGUUCAGCUCAGUACCUCCAGUAAUAGCUGCAAGCAAUGCAGAGACUGAGGCGCCCAUUCCUAUGGGCCUUCCGCCAGCCACCACUCCCGAUGUCACUGUCGCGCUGGGAAGCAGCCUUGCUCCAGCCCUGCCUGGCUCUGUCCAGUUCUCCCAGGCUGGUCCUGGCACCACCGAAAGUCAGAGUCCCCAUGUCAGUGUGAGCAGCGCGCCCGAACCGGUGUCCCUGGCCAGCGCCACCGCCUCCUUGUCCUACACGACCCUCCUGCCGACUCUGGAGAAGAAGAAGCGCAAGCGCUGCGGGGUCUGCGGGCCCUGCCAGCAGAAGGCCAACUGUGGCGAGUGCACAUACUGCAAGAACAGAAAAAACAGCCAUCAGAUCUGCAAGAAGAGGAAGUGUGAGGAGCUGAAGAAGAAGCCAUCCGUCCUGGUGCCUUUGGAGGUUAUAAAAGAAAACAAGAGGCCCCAGAGGGAAAAGAAGCCCAAAGUUUUAAAGGCAGAUUUUGACAACAAACCAGUAAAUGGCCUCAAGUCAGAAUCCAUGGAAUACAGUAGCGGUGGUCAUGGGGAAGAACAAAGAUUGGAACUCAACACACAGCCUCUUGAAAAUGUAACAAAAAAUGAAGAAAAGAUGACAGGUAUCGAGGUAGAGAAGUGGACGCAGAACAAGAAAUCACAUUUAGCUGAACAUGUCAAUGGGGACUUCAGUGCAAAUGUCACCAAAACUGAAAAAUCAAAACAGCCUGCAGAUGACAAGAAACAAACGAAGCCUGCAAAAUUGUUUGCACAAACAGUAAAAAAUGGCAUUAAAAAUGUACCCUGUUUAUCAGCUGAAGCAAAUGUACCAUUUAACAAAUUCAGUAUUGAAGAAUUUGGCAAGGCGCUGGGAAACCAUCCCUACAAACUCCUGAAAGACACUGCGAACCAUAAUAAUGCCAUGAGCUCCACAGUCUCUAGUACAAGCUCUGAUCACCUCAAGGACAAGAGGAACAUCUUUGUCUUCCAAAAGCCUGGCUUUAAUUGCAAAUCCGAAGAUUCUCCAAACUUGAACAGUCAGUUACAUACACACAGUAAAGGUGACCAGCCUAAAGUCCCCGAGGACAGAGUGACUAAAGAGCUGAGAGAUGACUCCACCAUGCAGCCCACUCUCCUCUCCCUCAUGAAAGACCGGAGGUUAACUUUGGAGCAAGUGGUCGCCAUCGAGGCCCUGACGCAACUCUCCGAAGCCCCAUCAGAGAACACCUCACCAUCCAAGUCACAGAAGGAAGAAGAGACAGUUCAGAAAACAGCUAGUUUGCUUAACAGUUGCAAAGCCAUCCUCUAUUCUGUAAGAAAAGACCUACGAGACCCAAACUGCCACAGAGAGCCACAAAGCAUUCCUCAGUGUCCAUCUUUGGAAAAGCAAAGUUUGCGCCCCACAGCGGUGUUCAAUGGCCACAACACCCUGCCCAAGCCGCAGAUCGGCCCUGCUGCUAACCAGGUACCCACAAAGCCACCUGAACACUCAAAAGUCAAAAAUUCUGUAUCUCUUUUAAUACCAAAAUCCCAUUCAUCAAAAAUCAAUACUAGUAAAAGUGUCACCAGAAGUAGGGAUGGUCUUGAUGGUUCUCAGAGUUUGUAUCAGUUGUCACCAGCAAGUAAUAAAUUGGGAUACUGUAAUCAAAUGCUGGACAAUAACAAAAAUUUGAAUUCCAAGGAAGAUUCAUUAAGUCAGGACACAUCUUACAGCCAAAUCGAGGAAGAUGUUGCAACACAAUUAACACAACUUGCAUCAAUAAUUAAAUGCAAUUAUAUAAAAGCAGAGGACAAUAAUGUCGAGAGUCCACCAACAAGCCUUGUCACCCAUAAUACACAGCAAAAGCAUAAUCAGGAGAAGGGUACCAUGCCACAGAAGCCAUCUCCAAAUAGACAAAGCAAUCAUGGCUUAUUGGUAGCAAAGCAAAAGAACACAACCCAAAAAAAGGCCAAGUCUAUCCCAACAAGAGAUCGGCGGAAGAAGAAGCCUGCCAUCGUAACCUGUCAAGAAAAUGAUCAGAAGCAGCAGGAGCGGUUGUCCUAUCAGUAUAGUAAGUUACAUGACAUUUGGAUUGCAUCCAAAUUUCAAAGAUUUGGUCAGUUUGGUCCACAUGAUUUUCCUCUUCUUUUGGGAAAAAUUCCUCCUUUAUCCAAAGUUUUGAAACCAUUGGCUCAAACCAGUACAACCCUACAACACAAGAAAUUAUUUCCUCCCCUCAGUCAGAUCAAAUUUGAGCGAAACUCUGAAUUAGCGCAGGAGAAGACGGUGAAAGUUGAACCAUUGGAUUCGCUUCCAGUGUUUCAUGUUGAGACGAAUUCUCACAGGCAGGUGUAUGCAGAUAAAGCCCCCAUUUCUCAGGUACCAGCAACAGUCAACGGCAACCUGAAAGCUCACCCUUUGCCCGCCCCCUCCUGUCUACCUAACCAGUGUGCUAACCUGGUGGCCGGCAGUGACCAAACACGGUUUCCACAGGAUGCCCAAGAGCACCUCGUGCCACAGAGACUGGCAGCACCACCCGCCGUCUCCCCCGAGAUCCCCUUGCCAGACCCUGCACAAAUUCUCAGGAACGUGAACGUAGUGAGUUCAGGCGGAAUUACAGUGGUUUCCACAAAAAGUGAAGAGGAAGUCUGUUCACCUGGUAUUGGCACAUCUGAAUUUUCCCCUAUAGACAGUGCACAGAACAGUUUUCACCAUUAUGCCAUGAAGUUCCUCAGUGACCCUGCCAAAAACUUACUGGCUGCCACAAAAGAUACGGAAGUGCCAUCCUGCGACUGUCCUGAUCGAGGGAUACAAAAAGACAAAGGCCCAUAUUAUACACACCUGGGGGCAGGACCAAGUGUUGCUGCUGUCAGGGAAAUCAUGGAGACUAGGUGCGGCCACAAAGGAAAGGCAGUAAGGAUAGAAAAACUUGUGUACACAGGAAAAGAAGGAAAAAGUUCUCAGGGGUGUCCCGUCGCUAAGAAGGUUAUCAGAAGAAGCAGUGAGGAAGAGGAGGUUCUUUGUUUGGUCCGGGAGCGCCCAGGCCACCAGUGUCAGACUGCUGUGAUGGUGAUGCUCAUCGUGGUGUGGGAUGGCAUCCCUCGGCCAAUGGCGGACAGACUGUACACGGAACUCACUGAGAGCCUAAAGUCAUACAAUGGUCACCCGACAGACCGAAGAUGUACCCUCAAUGAAAAUCGUACCUGCACAUGCCAAGGAACUGACCCCGAGACCUGCGGAGCUUCAUUCUCUUUCGGCUGUUCAUGGAGCAUGUAUUUCAAUGGAUGCAAAUUCGGUAGAAGCCCAAGUCCCAGAAGAUUUAGAAUUGAUCCAAGUUCUCCCUUAAAUACCUACUAUGAAAGAAUUACUAAAGGACGUAAUCCAGCAAGAAGAUGCGUGAAACCGGAACGAGUCUGUCAGGAACACGUGGCCAUGGAAAAAAACCUGGAAGAUAAUUUGCAGAAUCUGGCUACAGAAUUAGCUCCAAUUUACAAGCAGUAUGCUCCCGUUGCUUAUCAAAACCAGGUGGAAUAUGAACAUGUUGCCCGAGAAUGCCGACUUGGUCGCAAGGAAGGGCGUCCAUUCUCGGGGGUCACUGCCUGCCUGGACUUCUGUGCGCAUCCACACCGCGACAUCCACAACAUGAACAAUGGGAGCACUGUGGUCUGUACUCUGACCCGGGAAGACAACCGCUCCCUGGGUGUUGUCCCUGAGGAUGAGCAGCUCCAUGUCCUCCCACUGUACAAACUCUCUGACACUGAUGAGUUUGGCUCCAAGGAAGGCAUGGAAGCCAAGAUCCGCUCGGGGGCCGUGCAGGUCCUUCAGCCCACACGCAGGAAGAGGACACGUUUCACGCAGCCGGUACCUCGCUGUGGCAAGAAACGGGUGGCAAUGAUGACUGAGGUCCUGGAGCGUAAGAUCAGGGCAGUAGAGAAGAAGCAGAGUCCUCGGGUCAAGCGGAAGAACAACUCUGCCGUGGCCAAUAAUGGGAAGGCGACAUCACUACCCAGCCCAGGUUCAGACAACACUAAAAGCUAUUCAUCGGCCCCAUCCAUCCCUCACCCCGUCAAAGAGGCAAACCUGUCUCCAGCCUUCUGUCCCCCGGCCGCACCUGCAGUUAGGUGCCAUAAGCUAGGCGCGCUGGGCUCCCCCGAGCGGAGCGGCGCCGCCCCCUGCACUGCGCCACCCGCACCAGAGGAGGCUGCUGUGCUCCCCGCCCCGUCCCCACCCGCGCCCGAGCCCCCGGCCCUGCCCGAGCCUGCCCCCGGCUCCGCCGAGCAGCGGGGCCCACAGCCCCCUCCCCUCCCCUCGCCCGGCGGCCAGCCGGUGCCCUGCUUCGCCGAGGAGGAUGAGCCGCACUGGGACGUGGACGAGCCGCUGUCCGACGAGGCGCUGUCCGACGAGCUGCUGUCCCCCGCCGCCGAGAAGGGUCUGCCACACAUGGACGAGUACUGGUCGGACAACGAGCACGUCUUCCUGGACGAUAGCGUGGGCGGAGUGGCCAUCGCACCCACGCACGGCUCGGUGCUGAUCGAGUGCGCGCGGCGGGAGCUGCACGCCACCACCCCGGUGGCCAACCCCAACCGCAACCACCCCACGCGCCUCUCGCUCGUCCUGUACCAGCAUAAGAACCUGAAUAAGCCCCAGCACGGUUUCGAGCUCAACAAGAUCAAGUUUGAAGCCAAAGAAGCCAAGAAUAAGAAAACAAAGGCCUCUGAGCAGAAAGAUCGGUCAGCUGAGGAGGCCGCUGCCCUAUUCCCUGAAGUAAAUGAAUUGAACCAAAUCCCUUCUCAUAAAGCAUUAACGUUAACCCAUGACAACGUUGUCACCGUGUCCCCUUAUGCUCUCACACACGUCGCAGGGCCCUAUAACCACUGGGUCUGAAGGCUUCUGCCCCUUCUCAAUGCCUUUGCUAGUGCAGUGUAUUUUUUCAAGGUGCUGUUCGAAGAAAGUCAUGUUGUCGUUUACUAUAUCUUCAUCUCACCCAUUUCAAAUUUGAGGUUAAAAAAAUUUUAAAUAGGGUGGGUACUUAACUGUGACUAUAUUUUGACAAUUGGUUGAAGGUGCACAUUUUAAGCAAAAAUAAAACUUUUAUAGUUUUAAAUACAUCAAGAGAUGUUUUGGUUAGGCAUUAACCUUGAUAGAAUCACUCAGUCUGGUGCUUUAAAUUAAGUCUGUUUACUAUGAAACAAGAGUCAUUUUUAGAGGAAUUUAACAGGUUCAUGUUCUCUGAUGUAAAAUCAAGACACAGUAUUAACUCUACACAGCUCCUGGUGCUUAACCACAUUGACACAGUUAAAAAUAAGCUGAAUUAUUAUUUCAUGGUGCCACUGUUCCAACAUCUUCCGAUCAUUGCUAGAAAAUUGGCAUAUUCCUUUGAACCUUUGAAAUAAACCAAUGAAAUGCUCUCUUAAAAUACUUCCUCCUGUAGAAAAUAAUUCAUUUUUGUUAGUAAUGGUUGGAGGCUGUCCAUAAAGUGUAAAUAGAUAUUUUAAAAGCACUUUCUAUUUUUAAAAGUAACUUGAAAUAGUAUAGUAUAAGAAUCCUAUUGUCUAUUGUUUGUGCAUAUUUGCAUACAAGAGAGAUCAUUUAUUUCUUGCUGUGUAGAGUUCCAUCUUGUUAACUGCAGUAUGUAGUCGAAUCAUGUAUGUGGUUUAUGUAUGUCCUUUCACAUUACAUACUAGCUACUUAUGUAAAAUAGUUAAUCUCUAAAAUUGGAAUUAGAAAGACACAUUAUCACCAAUAUUGAUUUUUUUUCUUUGUUUGGGUAUUGAUUUUUUGUUUGUUCUUAGAACUAAAAAAGUGUGGUCAACAAUAGCCUCAUUUCUUUUACCCAGUUUCAUCAAUAUAAACCAUGAAAAAUGUUUCCAAGAGGAAAAGAGACAAAAUGGGAUUCAGAAGAGUCAAAUGCUUCUAAUGUUUCAAGGUGAUAAAACCCCCAAAAAGUUAGGUUUUAGCCAGAAUUCUACCCAUCCCAAAUUGCCUUGAUUGUUCUGAGAUCCAAUCAAAUGAAGAGUAAAAGAAAGCAUAAUGUAGAAAUCUUUUGAAAACAAGUUUUCCAUUAUCGUCAUAUCUCUCUAUUUCUUAAAUAGUUGAAAUGCUAUUAUAAACAUUUGUCCACCUAGAACUAAUACUCAUUAAUCUUAGUAUAUUGGAUUUGGAGAAAUGCUGACUCAUCUUGCCUACAUUGUAGGUAACAAGAAAAAUGGUCCUAUCAUGCAUUUUUAGAUUCCCAUUUUUUCUCCAUUUUAUUGACUUGUGUUUAUAGCAACACAAAAAGGAUUACCCAAACAAAAUAUUUAAACAAGAACCUUCGAUGAAAUACUUGAUUCUGUUAAAAUGCAGAGGUGCUACAGCAUUCAAAGUGUUAAGAUUCUUUGGGAGUACAGAAACCUAAAUGGUGCUUCUCCCUUGGAAAUGCCAUAGGAAGCCACAAUUGCUAACACUCAUCAUUGUGGUGCAAAUGCAAAGCUCUCUAAAGAAAAACUCAUUGUAACUUAUUAAAAUAAUAUAUAUGGUGCAAAGUAUCAGUUUAAAGCUUUUGACUUAUCCAAGUAAAGGAAUAUGAAGGGAUUGUAAAUAACUGUAUGUCCAGUGAUAGACCAUCUUGUACAAGUAGAUUUCUGCUCAUUGAAUAUGUAAAAUAGGGUAAUUCGUUGAUGUGUUUUAGUGUUUUGUGUGCCUUAGAGUUCCGUUUUAAAACAUGUAUUUUUUUGAGCCUAAGGUUUCUUAUACAUAUGAGUAUAUAAGUGAUUGUUUAUUGCUUCAGCUGCUUCAAUAAGAUAUUUACUAGUAUUAGAUCAAGAAAACACCUUGUAUAAUUAGAUUAUAGGCCUUAGCUUCCACUGAAUUGUUUCCUCACUAGAAUUAAUGGAUAUAACCUUACGGCCCUUUAUCCAUCUAUCCACUCCUCCAAUGCACACUUACUAAAUGCCUGCAAAAUUUAAGUAUCACUUUUGUUUUCUUUGGAUCACCACCUGUUACAUAUUAAAAAAUUAUUCAAUAACCUAAAAUAUAAACACCAAUGUUGAUAAACGGGACUAUUGACUUUUGUGAAGCUAGCUGCAGUUUACCAAAACUAGUCCAUGAAAAAACAUCUGCUUUCAACUAAUAUGUUUCUAUUCCAUUGUUCUUAACACCAUGAGUGGGGUGCCUGCCUCCACAGUAAGCCCACUGGGAACCACACUCUAUUCCUAGGCUUUAGGACUCUUUCUGAAUUUUAACAAUUUACCAUCUCCUUCUCUCCCCUGUGACUUUGACAAAGCUUAUACUUCUUCAAUGUCCUCAGCAUUAUGAUUGUAUGCUGUGACUAUGCAUACUCUUCCUCAUGAAGCACGGAAAUAAAUUUAUUUGAAAUUACAUUUUCACUCAUGAAAUUGGUUAUCCAGCCUUAUUUCUUGACCUCUAUUAUAUUUUACUAUUGUAAAUCAACUUUUUUUCUUUUACCUCUUGCAUAGCACUCAAAAAUAGUUUCCACCUUGAUUGAUAGUGUAAUCAUGACCUCCCAGUUCGCCCAGCCAAUUCACGUAUAUGACACAAUCACCAGCUAUAAUAUAUGACAGAGUAACUGAUGCCUAAUAUAUAUAAAGUAUUACCCUGCCCCUCAAAAUUCUGUUUUUAGGGGUCUGGGACAUAUAGCUCAGCAGCACAGGUGUCUGGCAAGUGCAAGGUCCUGAGUUUGGUUCCCGGUACCUCUUCCCCACACACAUGAAAUCCAUUUUUAAUGUCUACAGGUUUAUCUGGAUUGUUGUUGUCCCCCCUCCCCCUUGCUUAUUAGCCUCACGUCAAGUUCUUUUUUUGGGGGGGGGGGUCUUUUUCAUUUUUAUCAGUACCGGGGAUCGAACUCACGACUGCCUGCUUGCAAAGCAGACGCUUAUGCCGCUGAGCUAAACCCCCAGCCCCAAGUUCUUACACAAAGUACCAAAUAGACCAUGUUUUUAACCUAAUUGGAAAGUGAGGCUGAUACUGGCAGGUAAAUUUUUGCAACAUAAGUACAUCUUAAGUAAUUUUCCAACAUCUUUAUUACUCUGCAUGUGGAUAAAAUGAUUUCAUUCACUAAAAAUAGAACUUCACUAGCUGAGCUCCAUAAGCAAUUUAUUCAGACAUAACCCCAAUACAUACUUAAUUGAAUGCAUACCCUUGUGUAAAUGAGCUCCUGACUCAAGUACUAUAAAGUAACCUACUUUCUGACAUCAUUACUCCAGUGGAUUCCUACUGGUUAUCCUUUCACGGUAGCAUGUAUGAAAAUAACCCCAGUCUUUUUUUAAAGCAAAAUUUAUAUUGAUAUGUUUUAUCUGGGACAAGUUUAUGACAUUAUUGCAUGACAGUAUUCAUCGGUGGUAGGCAUGGCAAUUUCUUUGACAGUGCCACCUCAAUGGGUAGGUGUUGAAUAUAGUUACCUUCAAUUUCACACCUUAGUGCAUGGAAAUUAUUGUUUUGUGUCAGUUUAAUACAACUGCGAGUUUUCAUCCUGUAGAACUGAUGGCAAGGAAACUAUGAAAUAAAGUAAUGUGGUAGUGGCCUCUCACAACAACUAAGUCACCUUAGCAGUCACAAUUCAAUCACAGACACCCAUACAGCAGAUGUCAGUGUCAGUUUGUAAUUAGAAUCUAAACAGGUGAGGGCCUCUUUAUGGUUAAGAACUUUAUAAAACAAACUUGAUUUUCUUUCCCAGAGGGUAUUUUAUCACUGGGAAAUAGCCUUAUUUUGGUACAAAAAUAAAAUAGCUUUUUCGUUUCACUCCCUGAGAGGUUCAGAGAAAAAACAAAUUAACAAUGAAAUUGGGUCAAGAUUCCUUUGCCUGAUUUAUUGGGCUUUGUGUGGGACAUUGGAAGUUUUUUCACCUCAGAGGUUGUCCUGUUAGCUCAUUCUGCAAAGUGUCGCUGUGGUCUUCUUUCCCAUUUCAAUGAACAAGUAGCAAAUUCUUCUGCACUAGAGCCUUUCAGCCCCCUUGGAGUCUAGUUAGAAAAGAUUAGAUGAUUGAGCUGGGCAUGGUGACAACAUGUCUACAAUCCUAGCUAAGGAAACAAGCAGGAUGAUCACAAGUUUGUUGCUAGUCUAAGCAAUUUAGGAACACCCUGUCUCAAAAAUAGGAAACUCUAUCUAGGUAGUAGAGCUCUUGAGUGGCAAGCACAUGGUCCUGGGUUUGAUACCCAGUACCACAAAUAGGAAAGGAAAAUGAUGUCACCCAUAGCUCAGGAAAGCAAUUGAAAAUCAGUCAUCGUGUCCUUUAUCAGAAUCUGUACUUUCUUAACACAUUAAGGCUCAGGGGCCUAUUUUAUUUGUGUGUGUUAAACAGAAACAGUUCUAUUAAUUUCUGGGGUGAUACAGCUAGGGUUUAUGUGUGACAUUACUAUUUUUGUCCACUUGGAACUCUGCACUCUAAUUUUCUGCCUUUCAGUUUCUGGAUGAUAAUGUUGGUUUUUUGGUCAUUGGUUUGUUUAUUUUGAAGCUAAUCUUGAAUUCUUCCUGGAUUCAAACAGUCCUCCUGCCUCAGCCUCCCACAUAGUGGCAGUAUGAGACACAAUCUACCUUGUUUUGUUUUGGAUAUUAAAAUACCACUGUUCACUGAAAAGACAGAUAUUUUAUUCCUUCAAAUAACCAAAAGGUGUUCCUUACUUUAAUAUUCUUUUCAGUAUUCUAGUUCACUUUGGUAUAAUUUCAAAUUUCUGACUUUGAUUCUAGCAUUAUCAUUUCAUUGUUUCCUAGAUUGUCUUUCCAUUCCUAUUAUAAUAUCGAUGAUUCUACUGUGACCAUAAACUUUCUUCUUUGUUCAGCCAUAACUAUGCCCAGUCCAGCACAGCUUACAUACCAAUGUGAGUUUGGUUCACUCACAUUGAACCAAAACCUUCAAAGUAGGAAUGCUAUAAGAUGUAAAUCUGUUUGUGGAUUUCACCUAAUUCUGUGUAUGUGUGACCUUGAGUCUCAUAGUUUAACAGUCUGAUGAAGCUAGCUAUCCUAAAAAUAGCAAUCUAGCCACUAACAGCCGUUAUGUAAGACGGUCUCCUGUCUUGUUCUUAAUUUGAAAAAUACUUUCCAGCUGUCAGAUUUUCAUUUUAGGAGAAAUAAUGUUGGAAAGUGAUUCUUCAUUUGGCAAGCUAUUAAUUUAUAAUCCGUGACCAGAAAGUGCUUACUAUUUUUCUUUUCUCACUCUGCUGAAGCCACAAAGUCACUAAGUAUAUUUUGAUAUUUCAUUUUAUGUUUUUGUGCUGGGAUUGAAACUAAGGCCCUGUGCAUGCUAAGCAAGUGUUCUGCUGCUGAGCUGUAUCUCCAGCACAUUUUCACUCUUUUUAAAUUUAUCUGUUUCUAAAUUUCUGGUUUCUAUUUUUUGCUUUUUUGAGAUGGAGUCCUGCUUUUUUGAGACAAAUCUCAUGAGGCAGUUCAGGCUUCCAGGCUGGCCUUGAAGUUGUGGUGAUCCACCUGCCUCAGCUUCUCAUGUGCUGGGAUUAUAAGCACCUACCACCACUCCCAGUUAACCCUGAUUUUCUUUUCUUUUCUUUUCUUUUUUUUUUUUUUUUCUUUUUUUUUUUUUCAUUUUUAUCGGUACCAGGGAUCGAACUCACAACUGCCUGCUUGCAAGGCAGGUGCUUAUGCCGCUGAGCUAAAUCCCCAGCCCCUUACCCUGGUUUUCCUUAAAGAUUUGUUGCUGUGCUCUUUCUCUUUUCUCCAUUCUCCAGGCCUCUUACAUGAAUAAAUAGGCAUGGUUUACUUUAUUCUACUUUGGUUCAUUUUAAGAAUAACAGUGAUCUUGGUUGUCUUUUAAAAUUAGGUCUCAUAAAUACUUUUAAGCAUAAUACUAAGAAAGGUGCAGGAGUUUGUUUUGCUUUUUUUUGAGACGGGGUCUCACUAUGUAGUUCAAUCCAGCCGUGAACUUAGUGAUUCUCUUGCCUCACCUUCCCACCACAGACCUGUCACCAUACCUGGCUAAGUGGGAGAGCUUUUAUUCAGCCCUUUUGGGUUGAAGCAAAAUCAAUUUAUAGGAAUUGAUAGUAGUUACAAGACCACGUAUCAAGUACUAAUAACAAGUGGUCUCUGUGUAGAAAUCUAAACAGUAAUUCAUUUGUCAAUGUUCAAGUGUUUGAAAAAAUGUAAAGAUAAAAGUAUAUAUGAGCUUAAAUACUCUGAAAGCCUUUUCUAGGUUGUGUGGCUAAUUAUAAACUUGCUGAUGAGUAAAUUAGUAAUUGGUCCUAUUUAUACAGUAGAUUAUAUUUCUUGACUAUUUUCCUCGUCUCUCAACCAAAUUUUUUUUUUGAUACCAGAAAUUGAACUCAGGACCUUGUACUUGCCACGCAUGUGCUUGUGCCCACUGAGCUAUAUCCCCCUGGCCCUCCCAAAAGUAUUUUGUUGAUGUGAUGCUAUCUGUUUUCAUGUAAAUUUACUUGGGAUUCUUUGGUGAUCAGCAACAGUAGACUUACACAAUCCAGGUGAGAAAAGUUUUUAGAAGUAGGGUGCUAAGUAGUCAAGAGGAUCAUUAACAAUGAAGGUCAGGAAUGGGAAAUAGGGAAAAAAAUGUGCUCCCAUCAGCAACUGAACUGAAGGGUCAUCCUACCAACUCAAAAGCAAGAAAUACUGUUCACAUUUCUUCACACUCCAUGCUGAUUUAUAUCUGAAAAUAGCUGCUAAAAAGGAGAAAAUUUCAACCCAAAUUAGUAACAAAAAGUGUGGUACUGUUGCUUGGUACCCUUUGAGGUUGUCAGCGUGCUUUCCUCUGCGAUUUUUUCUUCUUGAAUGGAAAAUAUCGUUAUUGGGCUGCUGGGAAACCUGCGUGUAGCAGAACAGUAGAUGACUUGAUCUGAGGGUUUGCAAGUUAACCGACCUGAGAGUGAACGCACAGAAUCUGCAGACUGCUAUGUGCAUUUCUGGAGCAUGAGAGCGAUGAAGAGAGUGUUAGGGAUAGAGAUCUUGUCACUCCUGAUCUGAGGAUAAUCUGUGUAGCGCCUCAUUUAUAAACUGCGCUUCUGAAGUAUUUUCUUCCCAUUAUUGAUUUAACCAGCUCUUUUCCCAUGAUAAUGAAGGAAGGACUCCCCGAAUUUCCAGGACUUCUGUGUUGCAAUUUAGUUUAUCUUUUUUUCUCCUUAAAAAGCUUCUACAAUGAAGAAUAUCCCUUUAUUACAAAAACAGGAGGAAUUUCCUAAGUUUUUCAUGUUUCUUUUAUUUUUAAAUUUUCUAUAAAUUGGGGCUGGGGUUCAGAGGCAUAAGCGCCUGCCUUGCAAGCAGGCGGUCGUGAGUUUGAUCCCCGGUACCCAUAAAAAUGAAAAAGACAAAAAAUUUUUUUUCUAUAAAUUUUUUACUUUUUAUUUUUAUUAGUAUAUGUUUGCAGUCCAUAGUGAGUACAUUCAUUGCAGGGAGUUGGUCCAUGUACAUAACACAUCUUAAGUCUUUUUGCUCUUCCCUCCUAAUAACUUUUAAUACUGCUUUUAAAAUGGAUUGGUGUAGCACCUCACAGUCAAAGUUUAAUAUGUUUGUUGAAACAUAUUAAAAUAACAGAUCUUUUUUGAAGGCAAUGGUGCUAGGUAAUCAGUUUUAAAUCUCAGCCCCUCCUAAUAUAAAUGAAAUGGAAAUUAUUGGUGUCUCUAAAAGAUAAUACUGCCUCUUAUUUGAAUUUGUCUUGUUUGUUCUGCUUUGUUUUCAGCCAUGUAAAAUCUUUGGGUCAAAGGUUAAAUAUGACUUUUCCUGAAGAGCUAAGAAAAACAAUGAGAUGUGUUUGUAAAGUUUUUAGUAACCUCUUUAUAUAUAGGUUAUUCUAGUAACAUUAAAUAUAAGAAGGUAGAAUAUUUUGACUGUCCCACCAGUAUAUUCUGGGUCACCAUAAUAAAAGAACAAAAUAAAAAUAGGCCAAACUUAAAUGCUCCAAACCCUUUUUGGUGAUUUUGGUGAGUUCAGUAACUGCCUAUUAUCCCCAAUGCCUAUUUGCUAUAAUUAAAUGGCAUAAGACUUUACAAAAACAGCUCUUAAAAAAGAUCAAAUAUUUUUAUUGCAAUGUAUGCUCAUAUUUUUUUUAGCUUUUAUGAGAUAACAUUGUGAUAGGUGCUUAAAGAGAAAUAUUUUUUCAGAAAUGGUUUUAUAGUAAAAACUAAAGGCAGCUUUUGCAUUGUGAUGUAUGGGUGGAUGGUCAUAUUUGGGUUAGUAAGAAGUCGUGAAGUGUUCCCUAAACAGAAAUUUGUAAAAUUACUUGGCAGAGGGAUAAACAUAAACUACUAGUUUGUUCCUGUUCUCUCCUGCUACUCGGUUACCUAGCAAGUAAAUUGACACAAAUGUCAUCAGCUUGAUUUAAAGUAGAACUCACAGUGCUUGGCAUGGAUAAGAAUAAAAUAUCCAUAGCUUCUUCACCAUGGUGAAAUAGAGUAGAACUGAAUUUCCAAUAGAGAAAUAGCAAUUUCGUAAGUUAAUAUUCCUUGUCUCUACCUAACUUCUCAUUUUAGAGUAUAUUUACUAUUUAUUUUUACCUUUUAUUACUUAUUGCCGUCCUACUGUGUCAAAUAUUCUAUAUAUUGAAAUGUUUGCAAAAGGCCAGGUGUAGUGGUGCAUGCCUGUAAUUCCAGCACUCGGGAGGCAGAGGCAGGAGAAUUGUGGAGAGUUCAAGGCCAGUCUGGGCUAUAUAGGGAAUUAAAGGCUACCCUGAACUACACUGCAAGACUCUGUCUCAAUAAAAAGUAUAUAAAAUGCUUGCUAGAAAAUGCUUUGAAACGCCACAAAAUAUGUGUUAGUUCUUCAUAUAUGAGGGAAACAGUUGAAGGAAAAGCACUUCACCAUGUAGACAGAAAAGACAUAAUCCUAUAAUGAUGAUGAUCUUAGUACAGGAUCAACAUUUUGCCCUCUGUAGACAAGGGAACACUUAGCAGUACUUGAAGACUUGUGAGUUGGAAUUGCAUGUUACUUGAAAGAUCUAAUUAAGCUAAAUUUUGGUGCACAGCAGUUGUACAUGAUUUCAUGUUUAUGUAGCAAAACGCUUUGAAAUGUACAAUUAUUGAAACAUACAUGUAAAGAUAGUUGUGGAAAUUGUCUAUUAUAUUUUCCUUGUGUGUCUCAUUUGUUUAGAGCAUAAAUUUUUUUAAUUGUUCUAACUGAAAUAAGGCUAAAUGAAUACUGUAACUGAAAAUAUAUUUUAAAUCUUUGUCAUGAGUUUUUAAAAAAAACUAUUGCAAAUUGUAUCAUUCCUGAUUACACAGAACUUUGUGGGUGGUUUUAAAUAAAUUUUAUACUUCUAUUUUGCA